AGGUGCGCUCCAUCCCGUUUGACCAUGCAACAUGGAGGGUGCUCUUCUCAUCAAAACAAUGGUCAAGGCUCUCACACAGCAAUGCAAGUUGAAGUUCAGCCCCUCCCCAAGAUAUCGGACUCGGGGCUGCCGGCCAUCACUGAAGGAAAGCAUGGGGCGGCCAUGAAACCCAUACGGGCCAGCCGCGGCCCCAGACCACGUAUGUAUGCGGGGAAAGUUACCGGAAGCAGGCUGAGGUUCUCCCAGAGUUAGCCCCAACUAGGCGGGUCACCAUUUUCGAGGGUCGACUCCUCAAUGUUCCGGACAGAGCGCGCACCCAACCCGUGGAUGUGUCAGAUUCUGAUGAUGAUUCUGGCGCUCGGGAAGACCCGAAUUCUUGGUGGGACCUCGACAAUAGCGGGAUAGUGAACCUCCUCCCAUGCGUCCAAGACGAGGACCUUGCCGUGGCACGUAGUCUGAUCGGUGCCGAGUGUUCAUCGAAAAUUCCGGAGGCUACUGAAGUACUGAGUGAUCCCCCGAUCCCUUAUUUUGGGGUCCAUAUCCGCUCUCUGGAGUUGGGGAUGGUUGUGCCUCUGCAUCCUUUUCUGGUUCGAUUUCUUCACUUCCUGGGUGUGGCACUAGGCCAACUGGCUCCGGCGGCUCACAUGUUCGUGACAGCUUUCGUGGCGCGAUGUGAGGAUGUGGGCCUCACUCCCACAAUCGAUUUGUUUUUUAGCUGCUUCCAGUGGCGCGCCUCCAGCUUUUUUGCCUCAGUUUCCCAGAGGCCGGUGAGCAAGCUAUUCCGGCCGGGUUACCCCGACUCAGGUAGCCGAAGGAAGAAGAGGUGGAUCUGGGUGUCCGACCCCACCCUUCAAUCACCUCCUUUCCAGUGGGGUGGCGGCUCCGGAAGUGUGACCGGGUCGCCCUCUCCCCUGACCUCAAGUCAUCCAUCGAGAUGCUGUCCGCAGGCGGUCCCCGCUCCAUCAGCUCAUACUUAGAUGUGCCAGACAGGCCUGAGAAGCACAUCGUUGGUGCCGAAUCCGAUGACGAAGAAGCCCAACCAUUCACCGCUCAUGUAGCUCCUACGGCCACCAAGGAAAAAGAGCAUGGAGCUCCCCCAAACCGUGUGGCACAGAUUCCGAGGAGGGUGAGGGUUAGGGAUGGCAACGGGGCGGUUCGGGGACGGUUUUACAUAUAACCGUACCCGCCCCAUUUGAUAAUUCCCCGCCCCAUUACCCAACGGGUAAUUUUUCCCCAAACCGUAUCCGCCCCAACGGGUAACGGGUAUAACCACGGGUAACCGCGGGUAAUCGCUUUAUUAAAUGAGUGAUUGAUAUUUUAAUAUAAAAAUAAUAUUUUAAAAGGCAAAAAAUGGCAUCACCUAGAUGACUCUAGACUGAGACGCCACUUUAAAGUUUCGUAUAUCUACAAGACGAGAAAGAAGACAACAUAAAUUAAUUUGAAUCUAAAAAUACUUAGUCUGAAAAAUAAUUAUUCACUAAAAAAUGUAAUAAUAAUCAAACAAGACUAUUAAGAUCUAUUAUGAACUCUCAUUGAACAUUAUAGUUAGUACAUCUAUUAUCCAUAUACUUAAUGAAAAUAGAAAAAAUCUCAUAUUCAUUUACUUAUGGGACAAAUAAUAGAUAAAAAUGUAAUAAAAAUAUAACUAAAAUAAAUGGGGCGGGUACGGGGCGGGUAAUGAGGCGGGGAUGUAUAAAACCGUAACCGCCCCGUUACCCGUAAAAACAAAACGGGUAUUCCCCGCCCCAUACCCGUUACCCGGUCAAUGCGGUUUUCCCCGUUUUGACCGGGGCAGUUCAGUUCGGGUAUCCAUUGGAUCGGUCACAAUUGUCAUCUCUAGUGAGGGUUACCUUUGGGCCUCAGCCUGCCGCACCAGCGAAGAAACAGAAGAAGAAUAUUGUCGACUUACUGGUCGAAUUGGAUGAAUCUGAUGACGAGGAGGUGGAGCCUCACGUAGCCACUGCUCCUAUGGCCCCCAGGCCGCUGCGAGGAAAGGGCACGGAGCCCCCCCGGGCCGAGAGAGGCAUGUUUUGGAGGGGGCGACUGUCACCCCAGAAUUCCCGUCUGCCGGGCAGGCGCAUGAAGCUGCUGGUGAGAAGAUGGCUGAGCGGGUUGGAUGCGACACUCAGCACACAAUUGCUUACACCUUCCCAUCUUCGGGUGCCUCGAUCAUGCACGAGGGCUUCCUGGUCGUGGAUUAUGCUUCAACGGUCUUACCGCCGGGUGACCUCGCACGUAUGACCUCCCAGGGGUUUCAGCCUCUCAUGGAGGGUUCUAUUCGGACCCAUGUUGAGGGACUUGCUAAGACCAUUGGGGCACUUUGGGCAACUAACCAUUCUCAAGCGAGGCUUCAGCGCGAGGUUGAUGAAGUUAGAGCUGCCCUACAGGCUAGGGAGAAAGCUUUCUCCGAGUAUUUUGCAUCUUUCUUGUCUUCCACUUGUACACGUUGUGUUUUGAC